CAAGGACGGGGAAACAAAACGAGAGAGGAUGAGAUUAUGGAUACUGGAGAGGAACAGUUUGAUCGCCCUAACGAUCUUCACGUUCACCCUCUACAUAUUGUCCAUCUAUUUCAACGACACGAUCGACGAUAUAAUACAUUUCAAACGGACCACAGUGGGGAACGACACUCGAGUCACAAACACGACCAAGAAAAUCCUCUUCUGGAACACGAUGUUCGACGACGAGAAUUUUUACAUGGGGAAAGGAGACGUAUUCGUCGAUUGCCCCGUGAACGAUUGUUACGCGACCCACGAAAGAAGUUACGCGAAUCUCACGGAAUUCGACGCGGUCCUGUUCCACGGGAACGAGCUGAAGCUCGCCGAUCUGCCUUUACGAAGGAGCCCGCGCCAGUGGUACGUUUUCGUGAAUCUCGAAAGCCCGGCCAAUAGGCCCCUGUCCGACCAUUUUUACGAGGAUUUCUUUAACGCCACGAUGACGUACAGAUUGGACAGCGAUAUUGUAUGGACUUAUGGGAUCGUGAAGGACGUCAACAAUGGGCAAACUGUGGCGCCUGACAGAGAUGCACGUUGGAAAGCGUUCUAUAAUCGAUCAGCAGGUAACCAGCACAGCCGCGAGGAUGCAUCUUCAUCGAAGAUGUUUCGAAGGAAGACGAGGCCGAUAAUCUGGUUCGUGAGCAACUGUCGGGCAAAAAGCGGUCGGCAGGAGUACGUGGACGAGCUGUCGAGGCACAUACCGAUCGACGUUUACGGGAAAUGCGGGACCAUGUAUUGUCCACCUAGCGUGGACUGCUUCAAGCAGGUCGUCGAACCCCACUAUUUUUUCUAUCUGUCGUUCGAGAAUUCGUUCUGCGACGAUUACGUAACCGAGAAGCUGUACAAUGCCCUCAGGUACAACGUGAUCCCAAUCGUAUACGGUGGCGCCAAUUACAGUCUCUUUGCCCCACCACGAUCUUACAUAAACGCAUUCGACUUCGAUUCUCCGAAGGAUUUGGCCGAAUAUUUAAAGAAACUGAUCAAAGAUCCGCGGGAGUAUAAUAAAUAUUUCACUUGGAAGAGGUAUUACAAAAUCGAUGGCGGCAUUCGACACGCCGCUUGCAAUCUUUGCGAGUUUCUCCACAAGAAGAAAGAGCCGCGAAUGUAUAAUUCACUGUCUAAUUGGUAUAGUCAGCAAAAAUGUCCUCUCCAGGAAUUUUUACGUUAUCACAGUUACCUUACAGGUUCCGUUUUAAAAGACUGACUUUAUUAACUGACUAUUUUAAGUUGAUAUAUAUAUAUAUUUUUUUAUUUUUAAAAUAUCGUAAUCGUUACAUCGUUAAAUGGAUUAAAAUGAAAAUCAUGAAAAAUCUAUGAUUUCAUCCCCUUUAUUUAAAUAUUUAUAAUUUUUAAUCAAAAUGAUCGUGAACUCGACGCAUUUACCAUAUUUUUCGUAUUUAUUAUAGGAUUUAUUGUACAAUGUAGUGAACGGUAUUGUGUAAAUGCAGAGACUUUUUUGUCGUUUGAAAACUCGGUAAGUGGAACAUUGACUUUCGAUGAACUGAAAUAGGAUUUCGAACGAUAAAUGAAACGCGAAUUUCAUCUUGUUCCAUGAAUUCGCUAAUUGUAAAUAAAGUUAAACGAAUCAUCUUUAAACGAGGACAUACCUCGUAUAUUCAUUAAAUUAUUCAUUAAAUUUGUUAAAUUUGUUUCGUUAAAAAUAUGAAUUUUUGA